AUGUCGUCAUCUUUAGCUGGUCAUUCCAUCGACGUAUGCGUGUCCUUAAAUGACGCCUCGUGUCCUCAUCACAUGUAUGACGCGGUGCUUUCGUCUAAAGCGCUCGAAUUUGUAGCAGCUUUGGCUGUUGCAUUCGACCAAGAAAUCGAGCAGCUGCAUGCCAGACGUCAGAUUCGACUGCUGAUGGAUCGACGGGUUGAUAUUGGAGACGUGUCGCCUGUUAACAAGAAGUUUCUGCUUUAUGCACUGAACUCGGGGGCUCAGGGUGUCCAAGUUGACUUUGAUGAUGGACAUUGUCCAACAUGGAACAAUACAAUUCAAGGUCAUUAUAAUGUAUUGCAAGCUACUCGAGAUUUGCUCGAGGUAUCGGGGGAGAGACUUGUUGAGAACCCUGCACUUUUGAUUAUUCGUCCAAGGACGUGGAAUAUGGAUGAACUGCACAUGGUAGUGAAUGGACAUGUUGUACCAGGUGCAUUGUUUGACUUUGGAGUGCAUCUGUUUCAUAACGGCAAAUAUCUUGUUGAAAAUGGAACGGGACCAUUCUUGUAUUUAUCCAAGCUGGAAGGGUACACGGAAGCAGCUUUGUGGAGAAGAAUCUUUGAGUACACGGAGAAGAAGCUCCAACUCGCACAUGGAAGUAUUAAGGCGACUGUGUUGAUUGAGAACAUAUUUGCCGCAUUCGAAAUGGAUGAAAUUCUCUAUGAGCUUCGUCAUCAUUCGUCGGGCUUAAACUGCGGUAUGUGGGACUACACGGCUUCCAUUGUGGUCAAUUUCCGCCACCGACCCGAGUGCUUGUUACCAGACCGUCAGCAGUACGUUUCGAUGAAGUCUGACUUUCUCAGAGUCUACAUGUAUCUGCUAAUAGCCACGUGUAAACGUCGUCAUGCGCCGGCAACGACCGGCAUGGUGCCUUUUGUUCUGGCAGAGUUACCGCCGCAACUAUCACAAUCUGAAGCGAUUGAGAAAACACAAUCAGGAAAGAGAAUGGAAGCUUGUGCUGGAUCUGAUGGUGCACUUGUGUACGAUCUGGCGCUUGUACAACCUGUUGCCGAAGUAUUCACGGCGGCUCGUGAAAACACCAGCACAUAUACUGCUGUCCUCGAUGAAGAACUGCUUAACAAAAAGCUGCUCAAACUGCCGCGAGGACAUGUCACGCUACAAUCUGUGGAGAUGGAUGUGCGCGUUACAUUUCUGUAUAUACUUCACUGGUUAUACGGGCGUGGCACUGUCAUCGUGAAAGGAUGCGUCGAAGAUUCGGCCACCGCUGAAAUUUCGCGUGCCCAGUUGUGGCAAUGGAUAUAUCAUCGUGUGUCAACUGCAGGAACGUCGAAGCAGGUGGAUGCCUUCCUCAUUAAAGAAAUGCUUGGGAAGGUGCUUCACGAAGAAAAGCUAAAGCAACAUCAUCCGCCCCAGUACAUCGAGACAGCGCAGCACCUUGUAUUUCUCCUUUCAACAAUGCGAUGUCCUCCUGCUUAUAUUACAACGUUUCUUCAGAAGACUCUCGAACACUGGCAUUUUUCUUGA